CUGAAAGAAGUUGCAACUGGGGGUAGGAAAGGACGAUAUAAACGUCCUGUGUCUGCUGUCUGACACAUAUGGACCAUCAUCACAAACCUCAAGCGAGUUCCAUUACAACUUUACAUCAUUCUCUAAACUCUCGAUGAACACCCCCAAAGUAAACAUACUCCACGCUCCAGGACAAGCGGCCCAACUAAGCCGUGCCCUGAUAUCGACCUGCCACACCCGGCCUCUCCUGUUUGGGGGCCUUCGAGUGGCCACUUCCUUGCAUCCAACACAGACAAACCUCUCUUCCCCAUCACCUCGUAAUUUCUCGACAACUAGCGUCACUCGACUGAAGGAUUUCUUCCCGGCCAAAGAGACCGCCUAUAUCCGGCAGACACCACCCGCGUGGCCUCAUCAUGGAUGGACAGAGGAAGAGAUGACCUCGGUUGUUCCCGAGCACCGGAAACCCGAGACUGUGGGCGAUUGGCUCGCAUGGAAACUCGUACGAAUCUGUCGAUGGGCCACGGAUAUAGCGACGGGCAUACGUCCAGAGCAGCAAGUUGAUAAACACCACCCGACGACCGCCACCAGUGCGGAUAAACCUCUGACCGAAGCCCAAUGGCUCGUCCGCUUCAUCUUCCUCGAAUCCAUCGCCGGCGUUCCCGGCAUGGUAGCCGGCAUGCUCCGCCACCUGCACUCCCUCCGCCGGCUCAAACGAGACAACGGCUGGAUCGAGACUUUACUCGAAGAGUCGUACAACGAGCGCAUGCACCUCCUCACCUUCAUGAAGAUGUGCGAACCCGGCCUCCUCAUGAAGACGCUCAUCUUGGGAGCGCAGGGCGUCUUCUUCAACGCCAUGUUUCUCAGCUACCUGAUCUCCCCCAAAAUCACCCACCGGUUUGUCGGUUACCUCGAGGAGGAGGCCGUACAUACCUAUACGCGGUGCAUCAGGGAGAUUGAGGAAGGUCACUUGCCAAAGUGGAGCGAUGAAAAGUUUGAGAUCCCGGAGAUGGCGGUGAGGUACUGGCGCAUGCCGGAGGGAAAGCGGACGAUGAAGGACUUGAUUCAUUAUAUUCGCGCGGACGAGGCAGUGCAUAGGGGCGUUAAUCAUACACUGAGCAAUUUGGACCAGAAGGAGGAUCCGAAUCCGUUUGUGAGCGACUAUAAGGAGGGCGAGGGCGGGAGGAGACCGGUCAAUCCGGCGUUGAAGCCGACGGGAUUUGAAAGGGCGGAGGUCAUCGGUUGAUCUUGGGCGGAAGGUCUUGACAGAUGGUUGUGGUUUGGGUUCAUGAAGCCAGGCGUUUUUGGACCAAGUUGUAUUAUGCGUGUUACACUAGAUACCCCCCACUCUCUUUGCUGUUUCUGGCGUUUUGGUAAAAAGACACUGGGUUCUUCUCUCUGUGCAGCAGUUCACUGUUUCAAAGUGUGUACUUGUUUCGGAUCUUCACUCCGAAGGUCGUUGAUCUCUCAAUGAUCAACUAUAUCUAGCAAUAACAAAC